AUCGGGGGAUGUUGUAUUGUGAACGAGAGAGAGAAGGGGGGAGAGAGAGGGAGAGAGAGCACCUCUGCCGCUCUCCCUGCCUCAUCUCCUGUGCGCAGUGCUCCGGCUCGGCCGCUCCUUCCUUCUUCAUUUCCUCCUCCCCACAGCUGGCUCUCACGUCUCGGAUGCUAGCUUGCCUUCUCCUUUCUCACACCGCGCUGGAUCAAAUACUUCGGAGGGUAUAUAAGGACUAACUACCUGAUUUGCAUGGUCUGAAUUUCGGGAAAUUCUCACGUCGGAAAGGAGGGGAGUCGAGAGGGAAAAAGGAGGCUCUCCAUCCCCCGAGGGAAUUUAUUUUACAGAGGUAUGCCAGUGCCUGAGGUGGCAUCUGACAUUGCCAGCGUUGCCACCAUGUUAAGCCCCGUCCUCAACGCCUCCAAUGGCGACGGCUCUGAGUCUGAAACCACCUCCGCCAUCCUUGCCUCCGUCAAGGAACAGGAGUUGCAGUUUGAACGUCUGACCCGUGAGCUGGAAGCCGAACGACAGAUUGUUGCCAGUCAGCUGGAGAGAUGCAAACUUGGCUCUGAGACUGGAAGCAUGACUAGCAUUAGUUCAGGAGAUGAGAAAUUUCGUUGGAACAACCAAGAUGGACAGAAGGACAUAGAAGAAGAGCUGACAACAGGCUUAGAGCUGGUGGACUCCUGCAUCCGCUCGCUCCAGGAAUCAGGCAUCCUGGACUCACAGGACACAUCCACAGACAGACAAGGACUCCUCUCCCAAAGCACUUUGCACCUCAACAGCCAGGAUGCCUAUGCAGCAGCUGGUUACCACAGUAACCAUGGCCUUGCACUUGGGGAAACAGGCCGCAGUGGGCAGAUCGGAGGGGCAGUGCACAGCUACAAUCAGGUGACAUCCAGCCGUGCAGCUGCCCAGUUAACAGGGACAGACUCUCCCUCCCAGUCCCAGAGAGACUCAUUUGCUCAACAGGCCCAUGGUAGCGCCUUCCACAUGCCCACUGAGGGUGGAUCUGCACCUACUGGAUCAUCCGUGUAUUACUCCUGUGCCACUUUGCCUGCACAGCGUGUCAGCUCCCCUCUGCAGGCGGUGGGAUCCCCUACAAAGCUACAGCGCUUGGGAUCAGCUUCCUCUGACAUGCCCAGCUAUGCCACGCUACAGAGGGUGUCCUCACCCAAACAGUCACCCAGCCGGCUCGCCAAAUCCUACAGCACCUCAUCGCCAAUUAACAUGGUAGCAUCAGGUGCUGCUGGCUCCUCCUCCCCUCUUCCUAUGGCAGCCUCCCCAGGGGGAAACCACACCUUGUCGCCAAUCCACCAGCUUAGUUCAGCAGUGGGAAGCUAUGCCACCCUGUCACCCACCAAGCGCAUGCUGCAUCACAUCGGAGCAGACAGCUACAAGAUUUCCCACGAGCUGUACGCCAACGCAACCCUGCAAAGGCCUGGUAGCCUGGCAGGUAGAGGCUCCAGAGGUUCCUACAGCAGCCAGCAUAGUCAUCUGGGUUCUGAGCUCCGACCCCUGCAGUCUCCUGAACACCACAUCGACCCCAUUUAUGAAGACAGAGUCUAUACCAAACCCAACCUUAGAGGGCAAGCCCCACCCUCCCCUGGUGUCGACCCAAUCCCCUUGCAGCGAACAGGAAGCCAGAGCACUGCCGGCACCUUUCAGAGAGGCAGCUUUGCCACAGGAAGUGGGGCGGCUGACUAUGCUAAUCCGUACCGUACUCUGCAGUUCUGCCCAUCCACCGAGUCACCUUACAGCAAGUCAGGCCCUGCCCUCCCCCCUGAGGCUGCCCUGGGCCGAUCUCCAUCUGUGGACAGCAUCCAGAAGGACCCAAGGUACGACCCAGAAUUCCUUGUGUGGAAUCAAAAUCAAGCCGAGCAAAGAAUGACAAAGGAGUUUGGCUGGAGGGAUCCAGAGCUACCAGAAGUGAUCCAAAUGCUGCAGCAUCAGUUCCCGUCAGUCCAGUCCAACGCUGCAGCCUACCUCCAGCACCUUUGCUUUGGAGACAACAAGAUCAAAUCUGAGAUCCGGCGGCAGGGCGGUAUCCAGCUGUUGGUGGACUUGUUGGACCACCGGAUGACUGACGUCCACCGCAGUGCCUGCGGAGCCCUGAGGAAUCUGGUGUAUGGUAAAGCCAAUGACGACAACAAAAUUGCACUGAAGAACUGCGGCGGCAUACCUGCUCUGGUUCGACUGCUUCGGAAGACCACAGACGUGGAGAUCCGAGAGCUGCUCACAGGUGUUUUAUGGAAUCUGUCAUCGUGUGAUGCCCUGAAGAUGCCCAUCAUCCAGGAUGCCCUGGCUGUGCUAACCAAUGCUGUGAUCAUCCCCCACUCGGGCUGGGACACCUCCCCGCAUACACAGGAGGACCGCAAGGUGCACCUACACUCCUCCCAGGUCCUCCGCAAUGCCACAGGCUGUCUCCGAAAUGUGAGUUCCGCAGGUGAGGAGGCCCGGAGGAGGAUGAGGGAGUGCGAGGGGCUGACAGAUGCUCUGCUGUAUGUCAUCCAGACCGCUCUAGGGAGCAGUGAGAUUGACAGCAAGACCGUAGAGAACUGUGUGUGCAUCCUGAGGAACCUGUCAUAUCGACUGGCUGCAGAGACAUCUCACAGCCAGCAGGGGGGGUCGGAGGAGCUGGACGGUCUGUUAUGUGACACCGGUGGGAAGGACGCAGAGAGUUCUGGAUGCUGGGGCAAGAAAAAGAAGAAAAAGAAGGGACAUGACCAGUGGGAUGGCGUCGGCCCAUUUCCAGACUUGGCAGAGCCCCCGAAAGGCAUCCAGAUGUUAUGGCACCCCACUAUCGUCAAGCCCUACCUCACACUGCUGUCUGAGUGCUCCAACCCAGACACCCUGGAGGGAGCAGCUGGGGCUCUGCAGAACCUAGCUGCUGGCAGCUGGAAGUGGUCAGUGUAUAUCCGAGCUGCAGUGCGUAAGGAGAAGGGCCUCCCUAUCCUUGUGGAGUUGCUGAGGAUUGAUAAUGACCGGGUGGUGUGCGCUGUGGCCACCGCGCUGAGAAACAUGGCUCUGGACAUCAGAAACAAGGAGCUUAUUGGUAAAUAUGCCAUGAGAGACCUGGUGCACCGUUUGCCUGGGGGCAGCAACAACAACAACAGCAGUGGUGGGAGUGUAGGAGGGGGGGGAGGCGCCAACAGCAGCAACCUGGUGGGGAAGACCAUGUCAGAUGACACCAUCACGGCUAUCUGCUGCGCGCUGCACGAAGUCAUCACUAAGAAUAUGGAGAACACCAAGGCCCUGAGGGACGCUGGUGGCAUUGAGAAACUCAUCGGCAUUGCUCGCAGCAAAGGAGACAAAAUUCCCAGACAUAGUCCUAAAGUAGUGAAAGCAGCAUCUCAAGUCCUGAACAGCAUGUGGCAAUACAGAGACCUCCGCAGCCUCUACAAAAAGGAUGGCUAUUCUCAAUACCAUUUCAUCGGCUCUUCCUCCACAAUAGAAAGAGAUAGACAGCGACCUUAUUCCUCCUCUCGUACUCCAUCCAUCUCUCCUGUGCGGACCUCGCCUAACAAUCGAUCAGCAAGUGCUCCUGCUUCCCCCAGGGAGAUGAUGGCGUUGAAGGAGAGGAAGGCAGACUAUGAGUCGACUGGCAAUGCCAGUUACCAUGGCAACAAGGGCGAGCACACAUCUCGGAAGGACACCAUGACGGGUCAGAUCUCCAGUGGUUCCUCAACACUACACAGAGGAGCAUACGUGUCACCUACUGAUGAGCUGAAGUAUAAUCAGGUCUCUUCUCAAGGCUUGCCUUCAGAGCCCUACCCUCCAUUCCAAAACCCUCCCCCACCUGACAGUGGCAAUUACGAGGACCAGUCCUUCUACGAGAACCAGGUUCAUACGGGAGGACGCCCCCCGCAGGGUGAGCUCAACAUGCACCUGCAGGGCCUCAAGUCCACUGGCAACUAUGUGGACUUCUACUCAGCCUCACGUCCCUACAGUGAGCUCAACUAUGAGACCAGCCACUAUCCAGCCUCACCAGAUUCAUGGGUCUAAGGGGAGACAAAAUUGGAGGAGGAGGAGAGGAUGGAUGAAGGAAUAAAGUACAGUGAAGGGGGUAGUUUAAAAGUAGAAAAGAGACGAUGAGAGGACACUUUCCCUCCCUCCCCAUCCUCCCCUGUAGUUCCUGAGUAGCAUCAUAGGUAGCAGGACGACAGAGGGGGAGGAUGGAGUGCAAGAUGGGAGACAUGAGGAAAAACAUCUAAGACACUACACUCCUUUCAGAGACAUCUGAUGGAGAAGAGAGAGGGGACAAAUGAGGUUCAGAAGCAAGGAGAGGAGUGGCCACGCAUGUGCAUGAAGACCACCAACAAAACAACAGACACAUUUUAUUUCUGUGUUUAGUUUGUGCUCAACAGCUGCUAGAGAAGGUUCAACAGACAGAAAGACCUCCUGCACCUGAAGGCCUCUGGAUACAGAACGUAAGAUGGAUGAUGAAAGAGAAAAUGAAGGAAAAGCAUGAAAGAAAAAGCAGGAAAUAGAGUUACAUGAAGAAGGACAAUGAAAGAGAAAAAUGGUUCCGAGGACUCAAGGACAGAAGGUUGUGGGUCAUAAGUGGAAGAUGGAAGAGAUACCAGGGAGAAACCUGUAAAUAUGUGGUAUUGCAACAUGGCUUUUAGUAAUGUGAAGCACAAGAAGCAGAGCUGUAGGACAUGUAGGAUGUCUGUCACACAAACAUUUGUUUCUCUCUAUGGCUUCAGUGUAAUGUAUCCUCCUCUGGACAAAAAAUGCUUCUGGACUUUGUCAUUUGUAAUAGUUUUUUUUUUUUUUCUUUUCUUUUGCUGAGUUUCUACUUUUUUAAUUCUCAAUUCUGGUUGUAUAGUAUUUGAUGUACACUGUACAUUUACGGAGACCCAUUGUAUACUGUACAUUGAACUAUUUUCUGUGUUAUGUCAGGCUUUUUGCCACUGGAUCCACCUCACUUCCUCACUAACUACCCGGCCCCAAACACACACAAAUACAUACAGUAUCUGCACCCAGACUUUCAGGAUUCAUCAGAGCUACAGACAGAUGUCGGCACAUUACUUAUGUGAAACACUGGACAUGACCUGGGUAUCGAAGCAUCAUUUCUGGUAGGACACGGUGCUCCUUUUACUGCCCUACAGAUAGUUUUCAAAGGAUACUCGACAGUGCUGCUGCCAAAAUAGUUGAAGAGAGGUUCUAACAGUUGAGCAGCCUUUUCUGUGACAAAACUCUCAUUUUUUUGAGACUAGCUUUGGUGUUUUUAGUGGCUGUUUUUUCAUAUUAAUACUAAAAGUUCCAUUUUUGUUCCCACAAGCCCUCCCUACAAGUGAAGUGUAUAUAAUUGUGCCAAACAAAGGUUACUCCCCCUUAGCUGAAGAAGGCAGGGCAGUUAGGGGCAUGUAAAAGGGUCCAAGUUCAGCUGAAACCUUCAGCUGAACACCUUCACAGUUCUAACAAUGCUAGUUUGUAAAUGCUUUGGUUUUUCUAAACUGUGUUUUAAUGAGUUGAACGUGUCUAACUGCACCAGGACUGUUGAGAAAAAUUUUUGAAGAUUAAAAAAGACACCACGGAGGAACUGUGACUGGGUGGAACCUUGCUUCCUCCACGGUUGUACAAAAUUAGUUGAUUUCUGUGUUGUAAAAUAAUCAAUGUUUGAAGUACAAAAAAAACAACUUUUUCUGAGAGAUGGGUGGCAAUUCUAACUUCACGGUAGACAAAACUGCUAAUAGAGUAUGGAUAUAUAUUAUAUAAAUAUAUACUUUUUAUGUGCAAAUGUGGAUGUCACUUAUAGCAGCAACAUUAUGGGAAACGGUGUAAAAAAACAGCUACAUGUAGAAAUUUUGUUCACAUUCUUUUUCUGGUCAACACACUAAAUUGUCAACUUUGUGUAGUAAUGUUGUUGCUAGGUGGAGUAGAGUAGACCAGGGUCCAGGGAUCCAUGUUGUCACUAAAGGAGUCCAAACAGGUGCUACAUCCAUGAGAAGUAUUUCCAACAUCUGUAUUUUAACUGUGCACGAAAUGUUGCCCCCCCCCUCCUGCAUACAGUAGAUAACAAACUUUAUUAUCAGUUGUUAAGUUUGUUACAUGUCACAUGUGACUGUUUUAAAUCACAUAACAGAGAACAAUCACAAGUUUAAAUCUUUCCAAAAGUGUGUUUCCCAUGCAUGAAACCCCCAGUUCUGGUCAAUUGGUCUUAUCAUGCUAAACAGCAAACCUUGUACCCAUGAAUGCAUUAGUAUUUGUUAUUGUUAACCUGAAACUAAAUGGUGAUUUUUUAUUUUAUUUUAUGCAAGUGUGAAAGGCUAAAUUGUAAAAUGUGACAACAGACCCUGGUUCUCCCUGCCCACUGCUGUUUAGACGUGCUAGAGGUCAUCUCCCGAUGCUUGAAGAACAACUCAUAAUGUCCCUACAGAUACACUGGAUGAAAAACAGAUGUACUGUAUUUGUUAGUAAGCAUCUGAAAACUGACAACGUUAUGUAUGUCCUUGUGAUCCUUAGGCCAAAAAACCUGAGUAUAAGACCUGUAUGGAGAUAAAACGUCGUUAACCUUUUUGUUGAUAGACCAAAUGUGUUUUAACAAGAGAAUUGUGAAUCUUUCUAUUGCCUCAAACAAAUUGCAACUGCUCCAAAAACUAUAAACGGACCAUCA